UUGGUACUUUCAGGAAGAUCGGCGCUCCAUAAGUUCGCGGUUCAUCAACAGUCUCCUAACUAAAGCACAGACUGAUCAGACGAUGCAGAAAGAUACGUGGAAUCACGCUUUUAAAAAUGAAAUUUAUAUCUAAAUCUAAAAACAGAAUAGGCCUCAACGAUCUCCGAUAAUCCUACUCCUCGCCGAGGAGUAUAGGGCUCGUCUCUAGCCCUCCUCUACACCCGCUCGCCGAGCAGGCAAAUCGGCGUCGUCGAUCGAUCAAUCAAUCGGCAAUCACGUGUGCAAUCGUCUUCCGAAAGUUCGCAGGGCGAUGCGAUGCGUGUUGUGGCAUGUCGGUCGUUAUGGAUACGUCGCGACGCUUCGGAGGCCUCCAGUGUAUAGGCUUUUUCCCACACAUCGUCCAGAGUGUAUACGUAAUGUGUGUCGUCCUCGCCGCCGCCGCGCUAUAGGAGGUCUCGCGACAAUCCGGCAUGCUGAAGAAUCACCACUCACCUUCCGGUGAUCCUCUCGAAAAAGACGUGGCGCCGCGGCUGUCACCGACGAGGCAGACGAGCUCCUCCUCCGACUUCUUCUUUCCUCUGGUCCCGUGAACCGUCUUCUUCCUUGCACGUCUUGCAGACGCCUGCCUGCGUGGCUUCCGCUUAGUCUCCACCGGAAAUCACAACAGCUGAGCGAUGUUUAAUCAGAGACCUCAGAGUUCCAGCACGAGGCAUGAGAUCGAGAUGAUCAACAAGGCCCAACGGGCCGUACACAACACCACGGACACCAUUGAGAAGUUGCGUCUGCUCUGCCUGGCCAGAGGUGCCAACGGCAUUCUCGGUCUGGGUAGAGUGUUCCGUCGUAUGGACGAAGAUGGCAAUAAGAAAUUGAGUCAGGAGGAGUUCAAGUUGGGUUUGGAGGAAACCGGCUUAGACCUGUCCGAUAACGAGAUCAAUGACAUCUUUGAAAAAUUCGAUACCAACCACGACGGAAAUAUCAGCGUUGACGAAUUUCUCGUCGGUAUAAGACCACCGAUGAAUAACAGUCGCAGAGACGUCGUGGACCAAGCGUUUCGGAAACUGGACAAGACCGGGGACGGACGCAUCACCAUUGACGAUCUCCGGGGAGUCUACAACGUGAAGUGCCAUCCGCGUUACAUCAGUGGCGAGGAGAGCGAGGAGACGAUUCUGAACAAGUUCCUCUCGAAUUUCGAGCAAGGCGGCAAUGCGGAUAACAUCAUAACCGAAGAGGAAUUCAUGAAUUAUUACAGUGUCAUUAGCGCGAGCAUAGAUCACGACGCGUACUUCGACUUGGUGAUACGCAACGCUUACAAGUUGUGAAUUUCAAUGUUAAUAAGUGAAUCUCGCAAGAUACUACGCUAAUCUCGCUUGUAUCUCCUCUCCGUUUAACGACAAUCGCUGCGAGCGAAUCCGCAAUUAAUGCGCACGUUGCUGUUCCGUUAAACGAACGUAAUAAAUUUUAAUAUCGCCAUUACGUUAUCGAGUGUGCCUUAGUCUGUCGUUAGACGCGCACGUAUUUCACUAACCGCAAUUUAUAACCAUGUGUUAUCUCCAAAUAUCAGUAUGUGAGUCGUCCAAUCGUGUCUCAAUAAUCGGAUCGCUAAACGGGAUACGUGUACAUAAUUUUACAAAUUGUUACAAUGUCGUCAGAACAUUCCGCCGAUAAGUGAGAAAAAGUAUGUAGAGAUCGACCUUCAGGGAAGUCCGAUGUAAAAAAUUUACUUGUUCUUCUUUCCGCAAUUUAGUCUUUCAGAAGUUCCACGCGCUGUUGGACAAUUGAAGUAAUUUUUUCACCUUUACUGACAAUGAGAGUUGUUUGACAAACUUGUGAAUAAAGUAGAAACGAAACGUGGGCCGAUUUACCAACAAUCUUCUUCUUCUUCUUUUCUUGUUCAACGUUUUAUUAAUUAUUUGUAAGGAAGUUGGUUACAGGGACCAAUUCUAUAGAGCACGAGUCGCUAUGUCGAGAGUCGAGAUGUUACUUUGUCAUUACUUCAUGAUCCACUUUCCUUGUAACGUAGAGGUUGAAAAGAUGAAAAUAAAAAUGUGUUGAUUCCCAUGACAAAUCGCGUAAUGAUUAAUAUGCAAUGAGCGCUCUUCCAUAAAAGAAACUUUUAAUAGCAUUUGUUAAGCGAGGCACAAUUCAAUCGGGACAUGAACGAGCAAUUAUCGUAUCGGAAGAACGUCGUAAUAUAUCAAAAACAAGAUUAGACUCGCAUAAAUAAAGCCUGCAAUUAAUAAUGCAUAGAUAAUUUCGACGUUCUCCCGGGAAUGGAAACGACACUUCCGCGACAUUGUCACAUCAACAUUUGCGAAAUUGUACAAUCUUUACGGAGGUCAGAGUAAAAGCAAUAUUCGUGGUAAAAAUUUUGCGCAAUGUAAGCACAUAAAUAAUUAUGACGCUUUAUUGCUAAUAAAUCCUGUUAUUGAUAAGAAAUAAGAUUUUUCGGAUGCUACCCUGUAUAAAUUAAUUGAUGAUUAAAAUGUUAUAUGCCU